AGACUUCGGGCCAGUCCUCAUACUCACUCACCAAUAUCAGACAGAGUUCGACAGCUUCGUCGAGUAUCACUCCUCACUCCUUCAUUUCACAAUGGCUGCUCCCGUUACCAAGACUGCGGGUGGAAAUGCCGCUUUCCAUAACUUCCACAAUGACUUUGCUCAUAUCACCGAUCCUAAUGAGCGUCGACGACUCGCUCUGGCAGAGAUCGAUAAGGCUCCGUUUGGAUGGUAUCACGUCCGUGCCUGUGUUGUCGCUGGUAUCGGUUUCUUUACUGAUUCAUACGAUAUCUUCGCCAUCAACUUGGUAACUGCCAUGUUGGGUGUUGUGUUCUUCAACGAUAAAAAGUCCAAGGGUACAAUCCCACCCAAUUCGGACACUGCUAUCAAGGUUGCGACUUCGGGUGGUACUGUUCUUGGUCAACUUGGUUUCGGAUACCUUGCCGAUGUGGUAGGACGAAAGAAGAUGUAUGGCCUCGAGUUGAUUAUCAUCAUCUUCGCUACUCUCGCUCAAGCUUUGUCUUCUUCUUCCCGAGCUAUCUCCAUCACCGGAUUGAUUAUUUUCUGGCGUGUCCUCAUGGGCAUCGGUAUCGGAGGUGACUACCCAUUGUCUUCCAUCAUCACUUCCGAGUUCGCCACAACCAAGUGGAGAGGAGCCAUGAUGAACGCCGUCUUCGCCAUGCAAGGAAUCGGUCAAUUCACCGCCGCCAUCAUCGCCCUGAUCGUCACAGCCGGCUUCAAAGAAUCCCUCGUAACCGGCACCAAAGCCUCAACCUGUACGGGCGUCUGCCAACUAGCCGUCGACAAGAUGUGGCGAGUCAUCGUAGGCUUCGGCGCCGUCCCCGGCUGCAUCGCCCUCUACUACCGCCUCACCAUCCCCGAAACUCCCCGCUACACCUUCGACGUGGCUCGAGACGUAGAAAAGGCCGCCGAGGACGCAAACGCCUACAUCAAAGGCCAGCACGAGGGCUCCCCCGACGAGAUCCGCCGCGUCACAACCAUGGUGCAAGCCUCGCCCGCCCUCGAGAUCCCCAAGGCCUCCUUCCGCGACUUCGUCCACCACUACGGCCAGUGGAAGAACGGCCGCAUCCUCCUCGGCACCGCGGGCUCCUGGUUCUUCCUCGACGUCGCCUACUACGGCCUCGGCCUCAACAACUCCAUCAUCCUGGCCGCCAUCGGCUACUCCGGCGGCUCCAACAUGUACGAGAUCUUCCGCCGCACCGCCGUGGGGAACCUGAUCCUCGUGUGCGCGGGCGCGAUUCCAGGUUACUGGGUCAGCGUCGCGACCAUCGACACCCUGGGCCGGAAACCGAUUCAAAUCAUGGGUUUCUCGAUGCUAACGAUCCUAUUCAUCGUCAUCGGAUUCGCCUAUAACCACCUCUCCGGCCACGCCCUGCUAGCGCUCUACGUCCUCGCCCAAUUCUUCUUCAACUUCGGCCCCAACAGCACCACGUUCAUCGUACCGGGCGAAUGCUUCCCAACCCGCUACCGCUCCACAUCCCACGGUUUCUCGGCAGCCUCAGGUAAGGUCGGCGCGAUUAUCGCGCAGUGCGUGUUUGGCCCGCUGAGGACCAGGGGCGCGAAGCCGGGCGCAACAGGGAGAGCCGCGACGCCGUGGUUAAAUCAUAUUAUGGAGAUUUUUGCGCUGUUUAUGCUUUGUGGGCUGUUUACUAGUUUUUUGAUUCCUGAGACGAAGAGGAGGACGUUGGAGGAGUUGGCGGGGGAGGUUCCUGGAACUGCAAACUACGACCCUGUGAACGGAGGAGGAGGGAAUAAGACGUCAUACCGUCAGGGAUCGGAGGAUAAUAGCACGGAGAUCGCGCCUGGUACUGCGGUUGAGAAGGCUGUUUGAUUAGAGAGCCAGACU